AUGGAGUCUCUGUUUGGAGGGGAGCUGGGAUUGCUGGGAGGAAGUGAGGGACUGAAAGAGGAUGGCUGCUGGGCAGGAUCGCCCUUACCUGAGGAUAUGUACUCUGCUUCCCACUUCGCCCUCAUCAGCGCUUACCAGGACAUCAAGACCCGACUGGCUGGUCUGGAGAGGGAGAACACCGACAUCAAAAGGAAGCUGAAGCUUUACGAAAUAAAGUUUCCUAUGAUCAAUGACUUUGGCGAGGACAGGAACUCCUACUGCUCCUUCGAGCCCAAAGACACAGCCCUGCUCCAGUCUGAGAACGGCAAUCUGCAGCAGAGAAUCAACAUCCUCACUCAUGAGCUUCAAAAGAGUAAGGAGCGAGAGGAGCAGCUGGAAGAUGUCAUUCAGGCCUAUGAGAAGAUUCACAUGGAGAAGACUAAUCUCCAAAGAGACCUGGACAAAAUGACAUCUCUGGUGGAGAAGCACGUGGAGCGCAUCCACAAUCUGGAGGCUGCUCUGAGGCAGCGAGACAGCUCUCUACACAAAUUCAACACACAACUGCACAGCAAAGACAUGCAGUAUCUGCAGCUACAUGCCAGUCCUGACACACACAGGCUAGACUGCCCAGCUUUGACUCUCCAGAGCUCCCGCAGUCUGGAUACUCUCUCUGACCUGAAACUGCAGCAGCUGGAGGCGGAGCUAGAAGGGGCCCGGCAUGAGGCCCAAGGGGCAUGUCAGAGGGAGGAGGAGCUAAAGGCUGAAUGUGAGAGACUGCAAGAAGAGCUAAGAGAGCUUCAGAACAACCAAAGACAACAGGAUGUGAGCUCCACUUGUGCCCAGUGUGACAUGGAAUGGAUAAAGAAGGUGGGAGAUGAACAAGUGAAUCUGGCUCUGGCCUACACUGAGCUGACUGAAGAGCUGAGCAGGCUGCAGGCACUGAGCACCAAACAGACGGAGAUCCUGCGGAAAGCCUCACAGGAAGACACUAGCCCAGUUCAACGCCAUUCUCCUGUGCCUCACCAGAGGCACUCACCUGUUCCACAAAGACACUCCCCCAUCCAGCAACGCCAUUCCCCCAUCCAACAGCGUCAUUCCCCAAUUCAACAGCACCAUUCGCCUAUUCAGCAGCGUCGCUCUCCGGUGCUGCAGCGUCUCUCCCCAGACAUGCACCGCCGCUCACCCCUGGCUGAACUUAACGAUGGCCCGGCUUCCUACACCUGCAGACCCCCUACUCAGCACCUAAGAGCCAGUUUCCAAGGGCGCCGCAGCUAUUCAGAAGUUGCAGACCCUUCAGCCUAUCAGCGUCCACCACGGUUUACCCUUGAUCCUGUCUCCACCUUGCCUAAGCCACGUCCUUACGUUGAGAGCUACCACAAACAACAGCAACAACAGCAGCAGCAGCAUGGCCACAUCCUGGCCCAAAGACGAGGCUCCCAGCCUGGGAUUCAGACCAUCGGCGGAGAAGGAAGUAUGGCUGAAUCACCGAGACAUACCAGAGAGCUCUCUUUCCAGCAUGCAGAAUUGUCACAUCUGCAUUAUGAGCCUCAGCCUGCUGCAGCAACACUACAUACCUCUCCUCAGCCACCACACUCUUCAGAGGAUGAGGAAGAGUGGACCUGCCCUCACCCCAUCAGUCCACCGCGGACACUGGGGACUUCUGGCCCCGCAUCCAGCAUGAGAGGCCCUGCUUCCUGUUCAGCCUUCCCCAUCCCAACUCGCCCCAAUACCUUAAGCUGCCACUCACCUGGAUACCUGCAUGCAGAACAUGCCCAGUCCUGGCCUUCCAUUAAUCUGUGGAUAGAGACAGAGGAGGAGAGUGAUGUGAGGAGCUGCCCGCUGUGCCAACUCAUCUUUCCUGUUGGUUACCCUGAUGAUGCCCUGAUCAAGCACAUUGACUCACACUUGGAGAACAGCAAGAUCUGACCCAACAAUCUACACACUCUCCCUUAAACCCACUUUAACACCCAACAACUGUUCCAACAGCUUUAGCUGGACGAUUUAAAAUGAAGGGGAGAGUAAGCCAACUGAGAUAAGAUCCUCAUAACCUGAGGAUUAACACAGAUUUACAGUAUGGUAAAGUCUAAGGUUAUAAAUAGAAAUGGCACUAAGAGAUAAAAGUUUCACAACACCUUCCAAACACAGUGUUGGCUUAAUUUAAUUCUUUCAACUGUUGUCUUUUUUGAUAUCAAGCUAAAUCUCAGAGUUGUUACAGGCUGACUCUCCUUAGCAGACAAUAAAACAGUCAUAUACAGAUACACCGCAAUAACCACAGUGUUCGUCUGGCUCUGGGUGGGCUUAUUAAAAAAAAACAAACAAACAAAAAAACCUAUAUAUUAUUUCCGUACUGGAGAAUGCUGUGCAGGCUGUUUUCUUUUAUUUUAAACGAUAGCUUCCACGAUCCUUCAUUGCUUAUUCCAGGCCUGUCCACAAAGGUGCAUCCAAAAGCCACACAGUUAGUUAAACUUCAUAAUGAGUGAUUGAAGACUGUGUAAAUUUUGAGAAGAUGGUGUCCUGCAGGGCAGGACAUCAUGACCAUUGUAAAAGUGUCAAUAUAGUACCCUGGGUGAUGACUACCUUUGUAAGUGGAUCUAAAUUUCAGCAUUUAUACGAACCCUUAAUAUCCGAUUUAUCUUCACAAAUGUUACUAACCCUAAGGCAGUAUAGAUGUUAUUUAUUUUUAAUAUUACCAAAUGCCUUUCUUAAUUAUAUCUUAGAUUGCUAGACUGUCCCUUUAACAAAACUAUACAUAGAGAUGUAUGUAGUUCAUAAUAUAAUACACAUAACUUGUCAACUUGGAACUGCAUCUAUUAUUUGUCUUCCUGUAUACAAAGUUCUUGAAUGAAGAAAAUUAAAGAGCAUUACCAGAACAAACAUCAGAUGCUGAUACCUAACUAAUGACCAAUGAAUAUCAUACUGGAUCAUAUUAAUCAGACUUGUGAGUAAGAAUGGUCUGAAGGCUUUGAGUUCCUAGACUAACAAGACUAAAUAUGAUAUUGCAUUUUUUAAAAAUAUAGCAUAAAUAUGAUUUUCACUGUUAUUUCAAAUAUUACACAAACAUAACCUUUUUCCGAAACAGUCAGCACUCUGACACUGACUCAUUUUCCAGUGAACUAAACAGUGGAGAAUAUGGCUGCAUCUAAGAUCUACUUGACAAAAUAAGGAUCCUUUUUAUGACCAAAUUGCAGAGCUGUUGUAUCAAAAUGCUUUACUUUUUGUACUAUAAAUGUACUUGAUCUGUAUUUAAAA